AUGCCCGAAGAAAAGCAUGGUUUCCGCGCCUUCAUUGCCCAUGCCCUGCGGCCUAAGAAAUCCCGCCAGGUGCUGCGGAAAAACUUCACCACCUCAAACCCCGACCUCUCCACCACCACCUUCACCAAGGAUAACGAGACCACUUUAGCCCCCCUCGAGGCCCAUCGUCUCAAAUAUCGUCAUCUCCAUGCUCAGCAAGACACCCAGCUAGGCGAGACCCACGACCACACAACCAUUCUCCACACCAUUGGCGUGCACAACUUCGACACCGACAGCGAUGCGGAUGCUCUCAAUAUCCGCGAUGAGCGGCCCCCCGGAGAGCCUUUUAUUGCUAGCCUUCCCGACCAUCUCUGGGCUAUGAUUGCUGAAUACCUCUCCCCCGCCGAAGUGGCCUGUCUUGCUUUCGCCAGCCGGACGCUCUACACUCGUUUGGGCCCCGCCCCCUGGCGCAUCCUCAACGAACCCGAAUCCACGGACGCGCGCGCCGACUUCCUGGUCUCCCAGGACAAACACUACCCACACCAUCUCCUCUGCUUCCCCUGCGGCAAAUUCCACCGGCGCAUUCAGGAAGGCCGUGAGAAACUGCAGCCUGCGAACGUCAUCAACCCCCUCUUCGACUGCCCCAACGCCCGCAACAACCUCCGCCCUCCCCCGCGCCACCGCAUUACCCACGGCCGCUCCCUCCCCUUCAGCUUCGUCCAGCUCGUCCUCCGCGCGAACCGCUUCCACAGUCCCCGCUAUGGUCUCCCUGCGGAAUCGCUCUGUCGCCGUUGGCGCCGCGACAACUGGACACACCAGUCGCGGUUCCACGUCCACCACGGCCGUCUCCUCAUGCGCGUCGUGAGCUCCACCUUCGCCGAACCCGGGCUCCCCCCUUCCUCUCAACGCCUCCUCCUCUACUCGCGCGAAGACUACUGGCCAUACUUUUCCGCCUGCGCCCACUGGCGCGAUGGCGAACUGAUGUCCGUGGCCAAAUGCGCGCUCGGCCACAUCCCCGUCUCCCGCGCCACCGCCGGUCUGCAGGGUCUCGAAAACCGCGCAAAGGAUAUGAUCCACCACCGCGCGCACGACCCCAACGCCCUGGCCACGCUAUGCGGCCACUGCCGCCCCAUGCGUCGCUGCCCCGACUGUCCCUCUGAGUACCUCGUCGAGGUGAAACUCACCGAGGAGCGCGAAGCAGGCACACAGCGCAUCCAGAACCGCCGCUUCCGGCACGCGAUUGUCGUGACGCGGUGGUGCGAUCUAGGCGAUGGCUCUUCGCCGCGCCUAUCCCGCGAGUGGGCCGCUGGUAAUGGGGAGCUAGAGGGCUAUGAUUCCUUUGCCGUGUUCGGGAAGCGAGCAAUCUCGGGGACGUUUGAGGCCGCCUUUACGGAUGACACAUUGCCGGGACAAAGGAUUAUAUCUAUGAAUCCGACUGGGAAGAGAUUAGGCGAGGAGGGGAAUAGUUGGUAUUAG